CUUGAAUUCGAUGGAAGAAAAUAUAAAAGCAAGCAUUUGUUUCCUUAGUUUUCCUUUUUAUUCUUGUCUUACUUACUUUUCUUUCUACUAUCAUGGCUGUCUCUACUUUUGUGAAUGGUGCUUGGGUUGUAGUCUUGACUAGUACCAACAAUUACAUUAAAGGUGUUAUUGCUCUUAAACACGCGCUGCAUGAUUUACAUAAAAGCCAAUAUCCGCUUCUCGUGCUGUAUACAUCGGCUGUUGCUCCUCAUGCGGUUCAAACACUAAAGGAGAUUGGUUGUAUUGUAAAGGAAAUUGAGCCCAUUCAUCCAUUGGGUAAAGUAGAGUACAAGGCCGAACGGUUUACAGAGACAUGGACAAAAUUAGCGGUAUGGAACCAAGAGGAGUACGAGAGAUUAGUGCUGUUGGACGCCGAUAUGCUCCCCUUACAGAAUAUGGAUGAACUUAUGCAUAUUUCUUUACCGAGCAAGGAUUGGGUGGCUGCUUCUCAUGCAUGUGUAUGUAAUCCUCAAAAAAUUAAGCAUUAUCCUUCAACAUGGAUUCCCGAAAAUUGUGCCUAUACUGGUCGUGACACCUCGGCAUGUAUCCAACCGGCCUCAAUCAAAGAUGGUUAUACUUAUUUCAAUAGCGGCUUGAUAGUGUUGACUCCAGAAAGUGAUAAAUUCAACAGUAUGAUCAGCUACCUCAAUAGCAUAUCAGAUUUGAAUAUUUAUCCUUUUCCCGAUCAAGACUUUCUAAAUGAAAUAUUCAAGGAACAAUGGAAACCACUAUCUUAUACAUACAAUGCUCUCAAGACACUUCAGUGGGCACACAAGCCCAUGUGGGACUUAUCAUCGAUCAAAAAUGUACACUAUAUACUGACAAAACCUUGGGAUAUCGACCUGGAUCGCGAUCUGAGCGAUCUGGAGAGCAUUUACAAGCCGCUGUAUCAAUUAUGGUGGAACAGUUACAGUAGUAUUACUAGGGCUAUUUAUAACCAAGAGGAAGUUGUCAAUCAUGCCAUGCUAUAGUUUUUUUUCUAAUAUUAAUAAAAGAUGCCGAAGGCUUAACCGGUGAAACAAUAUAUAAAAUGCGCAGCAU